AUGCACAUUAGAGUAAACAUAAGUGGAAUAUGUGAACACAACUGGCAGUGCAAUGGAACAGAAUUGGCAAAUGUUUGUGAUGACCGGUUAUGUGUAUGCAAUUCAGGAUACAUACAAAAUGAAAAGAAGUGCCACAAAGUAAAGGUAAACAUUAGUGGCAUAUGUGAGCACAACUGGCAAUGCAAUGGAACAGAAUUUGCAAAUGUUUGUGAUGACCAGUUAUGUGUAUGCAAUCCAGGAUACAUACAAAAUGAAAAGAAGUGCUACAAAGACACCAAUGGAGUGACGCUCGGGACACUGUUUGGCGGGUUAAUGCUUGGUGUGAUUGUUAUUGCUGUCAUCACGACUCUUACGUACAGAAGAUUAAAAUUUCCAACCAGAAAAAUACAGGACCCUGACGUUAAGUUUGCAGACAAUAGAACAUACGGUACUGCCAGGGGAUGUCAAACUUCUUUUUUAAACAAUACAAAGCAAAAGGUUGCAACGGUAUCCAUAUACUCUUUUGCGAAAGAAACGCCAGGAUGCAAUUUGCCUGGAAAACAACAAAAUGAACGGACCGAAGACGUUUACAAUCAUUUACACGAACAAACAGAACACGAUGACGACACUUACGACCACGCAUGCACUGCACCAAAUCAUGGUACAGAUCUCUCUGAAUACAGUCAUUCACGUGAUAUCGCUACUGUUCAAUCUACAUCACCAUUUCUAGAUGGAGGCGACUAUUCUACAUUAGGGCAAUGAAUAAGCAGAGAUUGUCAACAGUUGAGUUUUCAUGAAUAUGUUAAUUGAUAUUAAUUGCAACUCAAAUGGUCUUCUUAAUGGGAUCCGCCUGAGACUUACUUGAAUAUUGAACUUUUGUAUUUUAUAUUUGGUUUGAGAAAAAAAUAUUAUACACGGAUUUUAUUUCAACAGAGUUUUGGUGAUAUAUUUUUAUUUUCAUGCAUGAAUUACAAAGUAACCUUCAAUGAAAAUGAAAGAUAUUUUUCAAAAAUAUAUUUCAUGUAGAUGCAUGUGGUAUGUUAUAAUUGCUAUAUAUUCAUCCUUAAUUUACAAAAUUAAUAUAACCUUUCAUGUCGAUGAACAAUACAUGUAUAUUAUUAAUUCACUGUAUGAAAAUGAUGUUUGUUCGCAGUUUGACAUAAAUUCAAAGAACGUACUAUACUUAACAUAUACGUUGUAGUAUAUAAUUCAUAUCACAUUUCCUAUAUUUUAAAUAUAUUAUGUUUAAUCAUUUACUGCAAAUGAACAUACUGUGGUUUCAUCAAUAUUCGUUGAAUACCAAUUUUCGUGGAUUUCGUUGUUAAGUUGAUCCACGAAAUUUAAUGUUCAUUGAAGUGCAAUAUCUAUUAACAUUUUGUAUUGAUAGGGUCAUUGGCCACGAAUUUACAUAUCCUUGAAACUGUGAUUUUCACUUUAUCCACGAAAAUUGAUACCCUUGAAUAAUAAUGAAACCACAGUUAUACAUGUACAAGCUUAUGAUUGUAUGGGAGUAUCAAAGUUGGACAAACACACUCAUACGAAAAGAGACUAUAGUCUGUCCCAAGUUAUUGCUUCCAUCAAUGUUUGAUGAUUUGUAAUAAAAAUACACAUACCUGUGAAAGAAAUACAAUUGAAAUCGAUGAAAGGGAAUAUAUCCAAGAUAUCUUUAUUCAACAAUUAUCCCUUUUCACUCAUAAAAUUUCACAGGAACGAAAACAAUUUUCUUACGGAGAUUUAUAAUGCGAAAUGUUUACAUCUUUUCUCCAUUCGGAAGUACGCGGGAUACCUCGCGCAAUUUUUUAACGUUAUCAUCCGGGCUUAUUAAUGGCUGAUGCAAUGCAAAAUAUCCGUAGACUUUCAAUUUUGGGAUGUGUAUUGAAACCUGAAGCGGUAGAGAGGGCGUUUCAAAACAGAUAAUUUAGACAUUUUUCAUAUUAGUGGAUGAACGUAGCUUGAGCACAAAUGUAUUUACUAUUAUUAAAAUAUCAAGCAAAAAGUGGUGGAAGCAAAAAUUCGGGACAGAGUAUAGUGUGUUUUUCAUAUAGUAUGCAACCAAGUUGUAAAAUAUGCGUCGGAGUACCUAAUAUGACUAUAUACAUUUUGGAAACGAGAUAGAUACAUAGGUCAGUUUUCAAGGUCUUGUUAACAUGUUAUCAUUUUAUCAUGAAAUUAGUAAAAAAAAAUUAAGAAAAAAGGAAUGUUUUAAAUAUUUCAUUUAACAAACAAAGGUGAAUGAACAAUCAGGCAAUAUUAUAA